AUGACUACCCGAGGAAAACAGUUGUUUCUUCAAUUUCCCAAGAUGAUGCUUGCCAUCAGCCUUGUAUGCAGAUUCCAGCAACGGAGCAUCGUAUCUGACCUAGAUGAGGCCAUCAAUCUCCAUCGAGCUGCACUACAACUCCGUCCCACUGGCCAUCCUCAUCGAUUCAGUUCUCUCAAUGACCUUGCCAUUGCUCUUCUUCUGAGAUUUCAGGAACGGCGCGUUCUGUCUGACUUGGAUGACGCCAUUAAGCUUCAUCGAGCUACAUUGGCUCUCCAUCCACCUGGCCAUCCUUGUCGGCCCAUAUCUCUCAGCAACCUUGCCGGCUCCCUUCGCAAUAGAUCCAUGCAGCUGGAGCGGCGUAUCCUUUCUGACCUAGAUGAGGCCAUUAAUCUCCAUCGAGCUGCACUAGCGCUCUGUCCCACCGACCAUCCUCAUCGAGUGGUGUCCCUCAACAACCUUGCCAUGAGUCUUGGAAACAGAUUCCACCAUCAGGGUAUUCCGUUGGACCUGGAUGAGGUCAUCGAGCUCCAUCGAGAUGCUCUGGUGCUCUGUCCGCCUGGCCAUCCUCUUCGAUCUAGUUUUCUCUACAACCUUGCAAACAGACUUCUAGACAAAUUCGAGCAGCGUAAUGUCCUGUCUGACCUAGAUGAGGCCAUUCAUCACAAUCGAGCUGCGCUGGCGAACUCCCCCGUAGGUCAUCCUGAUCGAUGUGCUUCUCUCCAAAACCUUGCAAGCAGCCUUGGAGUCAGAUUCCAGCAGCGGGAGAUCCUAUCAGACCUAGAUGAGGAAAUUGAGCUCCGUCGAGGUGUUCUGGUGCUCUGUCCCCCUGGUCAUUUUCAUCGAUCCACAUCUCUCAGAAGCCUUGCCCUCAGCCUUCAAUAUAGAUCCAAGCGGCAGGAUCAGACAUCAGACAUGGAUGAGGCCUUCAGGCUUUAUUCCCAACUUUCCCAACCAUCUCAUUCGGUCUCUCGUAAUGACAUUCGUGCUGCCGAGUGUUGGAUUGCCUCUGCUGAGCAGGCGAAACAUGGCUCUGCACUGGUUGCCUAUCAGACAACGUUGAAAUUCCUAGAUCAGUAUGUCGCUGUCUUGGCGUCCUCAUCCAACCAUUUCAAUGCGGUCAAGGGGGCCACUUCAUCCAUUGCAAUGGACGCUUUCUCGUGCUGUGUUCGCUAUAGCACUUUGAUGACUGCUGUUGAAUUGGUAGAGCAAGGCCGUGCGGUACUAUGGACCCAGCUAGCACGCUUCCGCACACCCCUGGAUGAACUUUCCGCAUCAGGUGACACCGGCGAAGCUUUGGCGGAAGAGUUCAAGAAACUCAGUAUUCGUCUUCGUAGCGUGUUUGAUGCGGCUACUGAAGACCAGUCCUCACAAAUCCGGCAACUGACCAUGCAGUGGGCCGAUGUUGUUUCCCGCAUCCGCCUCCUGCAUAACUUUUCCCGUUUCCUCCUGCCUCCGCUGUUUUCCGACCUCCAGAAGGCGGCAGAAGAUGGUCCAGUCAUUAUUGUCAACGCAAGCAAAUAUAGCUGCGACGCCUUGAUUGUCAUGAGCACCCAAGAUCCUAUCCUCAUUCCACUUGAUAUCACACUCGCCGAGGUCUCCGAGUUGUCAUCCGAGUUCCAAUCUCUCACAGCGCGUGUUGGUUCUUCUGAUCAUCGACUCGAAUCACACAAGAUUGUUGGCAUCCUGCGCAAUAUUUGGUCCCGCAUCGUUAGCCCCGUAGUCGGAGCUCUCAGGGAGUUGAUUGUCCAUGGCUCACGCAUCUGGUGGUGUCCCACCGCUGGGUUCACGAUGCUUCCUCUACACGCAGCAGGACCCUAUGAGAAGAAAAGGCAUAAUUUGUCUCAUUUUUACGUAUCCUCUUAUACCCCAACUCUUGCGGCACUCAUUCGCGCGCGACAGCGUGUUUCUCAAGAUGCGUCCGUGCAGCAUUUCGUCGCCGUCGGCCAAGGAAAUCCGGAAGGAGGAAAGGAAUUGCGAUGCGUGGCUGCUGAGUUAGCCAUCGUCGCUGAGCGUGUCGAGCCCAUCCUGUCCUUCACAUCACUCGCAGACAAUGAUGCGACAGUCCGUGGAGCAUCUGAUGCAUUUAGUCGCAACCAGUGGCUUCACCUUGCCUGCCAUGGCAUGCCAAAUCGGAAACAACCAUUUGAGUCCUCCUUCGCAAUGCGUGAUGGCCCUUUCACCAUCAAGGACAUCAUCCGGUCCCGCUUGCAGAAUCCGGAGUUUGCAUUCUUAUCGGCUUGCCACACCACUGUGGGCGAUGAAUCGAGCCCCGAUGAGGCAAUCAACCUUGCUGCAGCAAUGCAAUUCUCUGGAUUUCGCAGUGUAAUAGGUUCGAUGUGGUCCGUCGAUGACGAAGUUGCGCGCCAGGUCGUUACUGCGUUUUACGACAACAUGGUUGAUGGUUCGGGGCGAUUGGACUGCAGGCGUGCUGCGGCAGCAUUGCACAAUGCUGUGAAGUCGUUGCGGAAGAAGAUUCCACUUGAACAGCAGAUUGUAUUUAUUCAUAUAGGUGUCUAGUUUGAGACACGUGCCUGCCGCGAAUGCAGAAUGUCUUGUCCACCGUCCAUUGGAAAGUGUUCACCAAUAGCACGAGUUUUUCUACAUUGAUAGCGAGUCCUAUAUUAAUUGGAGGCUCGGUGUGGACGAUGAUUGCAUGGCAAUGCGACUUGCUUGCAAUGAGAACAAUGAUAGGCCCACCGCGAGCGAAACGAGACCUUUGUGAUUUCUGCGAUUAGUUAAUAUCAUCAAUCCACAGCAUCUGGGAUGGUAUACGUAUGCUGUUUUCAGUCUAAGUUUUAACAGAUCGCCGGGGGUAAAUUUGUCUGACCU